AUGCGCCGCAUUGGUAUGCAACUCAUCCGGGAAAAGAAGGCGGCGAUCAUGGCAGAGACCCUCGAGAAGGGCCAGGGAGUCGAACGCAAGGACAUAAGGGAGCGCGAUUUGCUCACGCUUCUCAUUCGCGCAAACAUGGCGACGGACAUCUCCGAGGACCAGCGACUGACCGAUGACGAAGUCCUUGCACAGGUCCCGACGUUCAUCGUCGCUGGCCACGAGACGACGAGCACGGCGACAACCUGGGCGCUGUUCUCGCUCAUUCAACGGCCUGACGUGCAGCGCAAGCUGCGCGAGGAGCUGCUGCAGGUGGCCACGGACAGUCUGGCGAUGGACGAGUUGAAUGCACUGCCAUACUUGGACACGGUCGUGCGCGAGACGCUGCAGCGCCACCCGCCGGUGCCAAUGGCGACGCGCCAGGCAUCCGAGAACGACACCAUCCCGGUGGACACGCCAUACAAGGACAGGUACGGCCGGAUGCGUGAGCACAUCGAGGUCAAGAAGGGUGACCUCGUGAUCCUACCUAUUCUGGCCCUGAACCGGCGUAAGGAGAUCUGGGGCGAGGAUGCGCAUGAGUUCAAGCCUGAGCGAUGGGAACAUAUCCCCGAGGCGGCGGCAAGUGUGUCUGGUGUGUGGAGCAACCUGCUCACGUUCAGUGGCGGGCCGCGAGCGUGCAUUGGCUAUCGGUUCUCUCUAGUCGAGACCAAGGCGCUGCUCUUCGCGCUUGUACGCGCCUUCUAG